GAUCAGCUGAUAGGUUUGUUUUGCUGGUUAGAGACUCGCAGGCAGAGGAGGAGAGAGAGAGAGAGAAAAAAGAAGGGCUUUUGUAACACACGCUAUUCCGUGUUUUUAGAGAGAAAGACUCUCCUCAGAAGAAGAGGACGACCUUCUCAGAAGAGGACACUGUUGUUUUUUUUACCCCAGGCUCUCUGCCUAAAGACGAGGACACGGUCUUAUUAUAAACAUGCCUUCAGAAAAGACGUUCAAACAAAGGAGGACAUUCGAACAGAGAGUGGACGAUGUUAAACAGAUCCGAGAGCAGCACCCGAACAAAAUCCCGGUCAUCAUUGAGAGGUACAAGGGUGAGAAGCAGCUCCCUAUUCUGGACAAAACGAAGUUUUUGGUUCCUGACCAUGUGAACAUGAGUGAACUCAUUAAGAUCAUCAGGAGGCGCCUGCAGCUGAACUCCAACCAGGCUUUCUUCCUGCUCGUGAACGGCCACAGCAUGGUGUCCGUUUCCACGGCCAUUUCCGAGGUCUACGAGCGCGAGAGGGACGAAGAUGGCUUCCUGUACAUGGUGUACGCUUCCCAGGAGACUUUUGGAACAGCGGCCUCGCAGUAAACGCCUACAGGCUCUUUCUUCUGGACAAUAAUACAACCCACGCCCCCCUACCCCCACCCUCUGUCCUUUUCCGCCAUAGACCACCUCCACACAGACGCAGAUAGGACCACAGGAGCUAGACCUGUUGUCCUUUUUUGGCUGGCCCCGUUGCCCCCAGCCUUUACCAGACCCUAGAUUUCAUUCCUUUUAAACCCGGCCUCUCUUACUGAUGUCUUUUGUUAUUAUGGAUCAAAAAGGGGUCUUUUUUUGUUUGGGGAGAAUGAGAUCAUCCUUCGGUUGUAGGAUGGAUUGUGCUGACGAUCAGCAAAAGGGUGGCGAAGGCUUGAAAGAAAGAAACAAAGGGGUUUGUUUGCAAAUGGGGUUUGUUUUAUUUCUUUUCCCUGAGCAGAUUGGUGCGUUUUUCGGCACGCCGUCGUUAGCACAAGAGCAUUUACCGAAACGGUUCGCGUCAGUUUAUGAAUGUGGUCCAAAUUCUAAACAAAUCAGACACAUCAGAUCUGCUUGGACGUUUCCGUUCUGUUUUUAACCUGGAAGAAGCUUAAUUAUCAGAGGUUUGAUAACGUAAACGCGGCUCAAGCGCUCUGAGUUCGGGUACGGCUCUCGGUUUGCGGGAUUGCGUGACUCAGCAAAGCUCAUAUCCUGACAUAAUUUAUUUAAUUUUAUGACUUAAGAGUAGUUUAUCAGCUUGUUCGAGCCUGAAUUCAGAUCUCUUUUCUUCUCAGAUCUCUCAGAGGUGGAGUUAUAAGUCAUUUCGAGUCCUGUUCCCAAAGGCCUGUCGUUUGGGAACAGGACGGGCCUCCGUUAUCUCGCUCAAUUUAGACAGACUGCUUGUUGCUGACAAACCAAAUCUUAUCUGAAGAGUUAAGCGGUUCUGCCUUUCUUCUCUCCUCUCCUGCUUUCUUCAGGAGGGCUGUGGGUGCUGUAUUUCGGAUCCACAACCCAAGAAAGCGAAAAAUGUCAUUUUUCCCCCUCUUUAACUUCCCCAAGUCACUCAGAAGUGGGACAAAAGAGGGAAAUGCUGAGCUAUCAAGAACCUUAUGAUUGUAGUGCAAAGCUUUUUAAUGCAGAUAUAGAAAAAAUAAAGGAGAAUAUGUCAUCAAAACAAGCCAAGCCGCAUAGGAAAAGAGCAUAAGUGAAUGGAUGAAUGUUGUUUUGCAAAAAAACGCUGUGGGUGGUUUGCCGCUCGCCUGUGCUGUGACGGGCAGGAAGCUACCUGUUUUAGAUGGACACGUCACUUUAGCAGGUGCAGGCAGCCCUGGGUUUGGGCUCGAACGGCUCCGAAACCCAAGCUUCUCUUCUGGUGCACGCUUUUAGAGUUCCUGAUUUUAAUAGAGAGGGUUAUUUACGCCUUUAUAAACGCAUAUGUGUGCUACUGUACGCCAACGUCGGUAUGUCUUACAGGUAAUUGUACAACAAAAAAAAGUUUAGAUGCCUUUUAUCCUGAGCGUUUGCAUUUAGCUUAAUCGUCUUGUUUUAUUUAAAGAGAUGUUUCCUUGUAAUCAUAUGCUUAUACGUAUGUGUAAUGAACAAAAUAAAUAAAUAAAGGAAAGGUUAUUUGUUUGAAAGCGGGUGUGAUGGAGAAGAGCGGAGGUGCCGUGCUUUAUCUGUUCUCAUCUCUGUGCUGUCCCACCUCUUCUGCAUCUCUGCAUUUACAGCAAUAUUGCACCACUCUCUUCUUGACCUGUCUGUCAUUUUAAAGGAGAAAUAAAACAGAGCAAUAUUCA